GAGGGAGGAGAGACAGAAGAGCAGCACAGAAAGCCAGUCUGUUUUCAGCUCCCAGUUCACUGUAGCUGCUCUGCCAGACAGCAUUCAGCCUUACACCAUCACACUCUCCAACACGUUCGCUCUCAGUGUACGACAGCUGACAACACCUUUUCAUUUUUUAAAGCAGCACCACAGACUCACAAAACCAGAUCCAGAGAAGAAGACAAAGGCAGACUCAAGCUUGACUGCAAACCACACCAGCUCAGAAGAGGCUGGGUCGAGGCUGGAGAGGGUGACUGGAGCAUGGAAUGGAACCUCAGAAGGAUGGAAAGUGAACUGAGACAUAUCAACCCUGACCUGCUGCAGCCCAGCAAGAGCUUUAAGAAACCCUCCUCGGGAACCAUCACCCUAAAUGUUGGGGGGUUCCUGUACACAGCCCAUCGGACCACCCUUGCCAAACACCAAGGUUCCUUUUUGGAAGAGCUGGCGAAUGGUAAGAAGCCUGUCCAGCACACUGAUUCCAUGGGCAACCCAUUCAUUGAUAGAGAUGGUCCAGUUUUUCGACAUGUGCUCAACUACCUACGAACAGGGGAGCUCCAGCUGCCUGACGACUUCCGGGAGGCAGGGCUCUUGCGACGAGAAGCUGAUUUCUACCACCUGAGUGAACUGGUGGAAGCUGUGGUUGAGUGGGAGAGUCAGAGGGCGGCCCAACGAGAAGCUGCUUUUUUAGAGGUGACAGAUAGCCAUGAGAGGUCACAGGGUCUAAAGGUGUAUUGCAGUGAUGCAGCCUUCCUCGACAAGAUCAAAGGGCGGCUCGUGCAAAUCUCCAAAAGCCGUUUGGAUGGCUUCCCGGAAGAAUUUGUGGUGUCAUCCAACGUGAUUCAGUUCCGACACUUCAUCAAGUCGGAGCCAGGCUCGCGCCUCGUCCUGAAAGAGGACAGCACAUUCUUGUGCACACUUGACUGUCUUAAACUAGAGACAGUGAUGCUAGCACUUAGAUCGGGCUUCAAGCUGGUCACCAGCCUUGACAGCAGCAAAGGGUCUGUGGUGGCAGCUGAGGCCCUGCACUUUGUUAAGUAGGAUGGAACAAAACGGAGGGUAUUAGAAGAAGGAAAGAAAACAUGUAGUUCUUGAUUCCAUAUCCAACCACGCAAACGUGAGGUAUUGACUAGAAGAUGUGCUGGGUGUAAUGUGUCAUUGGGUGAAAGAAGAAAAGAUGUGGGCUGGACUGUCUCAGAGCACAGUAUUUAUAUCUUUGCUGCAAACUGUUGGCUUCAACACUGAGGUAAUCUUUAGCAAUUUGCAGAAUCAGCAGAAUGGCAUUUUGGUAUCAACCUCUGCAUUGCUUUGUAGUAGACUAUCUUUAAAAUUCAGAAUUACCCAGGUCAAAUAAGUAUUAUUAUAUAUUUAUUGCAUCUGAUCAGGAAUCUCACAAACAACCACCUUAUAGUAUUGAAGCCAAGCCAACAGUGAAUCCUGAGAUUGUGAACAUCGAACACUUCAUCAGUGGGGUAGUAUUUGCACAAGAACUGCUUUUGCUUCUUUGUCAAUGGCUGAAAAAAGCCUGCAAAACCAGCUGUGGUGUGCACUAUUGUGCCAUUCAGCUUUUACUACAGCCUGUGCCUGUGUGUGUGUGUGUAUGUGUGUUUGUGUGUGUGUGUGUGUGUGUGUGUGUGUGUGUGUGUGUGUGUGUGUGUGUGUGUGUGUGUGUGUGUGUGUGUGUGUGAUUGUGUGUGUGUGUGAUUGUGAUUGUGAUUGUGUGUGUGGGUGUGUAUAUGUGUGUGCGUGUGUGGGCUGUUUUAAGUUGAUUUAAUUGCUUGUGUCUAGUUUAUAAGGCUCUCUUGAGCCUUAAUGGAAAACUACAACUCACUAUCAUUGUUAUGAAUGGACUGACAAAAUGACAGAUUGAAGCAACAAACCUGUAUCUCUGUUUGGGUCAUCAAGUUCAAUUUAAGUGCGAAGCAUUGUGAUUAUUGUAAGGGCUUUGAAUCUAGCAUGAUGCAUGUGCACUGAGAACUGUGUGUUUGUUAGUGCUGUGAGCCUCUGUGGUGUCAGUGCCACAACCAUGCUGAUUACUUUAUAUGUAAAUAUUUUACAAAUAAAAGUGACACUGAAAGUA